CUGCGCUGUGCCCACAGGCGGGUACCUGGCACACAGCCUGGCCGUCAUGACGGACGCAGCGCAUCUGCUGACAGAUGUGGGCAGCAUGUCCGUCAGCCUCUUCUCUCUCUGGGUCUCCAACCGCCCGCCCACCAAGACCAUGACCUUUGGCUGGCACCGCUCAGAGACACUGGGUGCACUGGCCUCUGUCCUCUCCAUCUGGGUGGUGACCGCAGCCCUCGUCUACCUGGCAGCUGCCCGCAUAAUCAGCAACGACUACGAAAUYGAGGCACGAGCCAUGCUGGCCACAUCUGCCUGCGCCGUUGGUGUCAACCUCGUCAUGGCCUACAUCCUGCACCAGUCCCCGGCUGGCCACGGCCAYGGCACAGGGAGCUAUGAGCGGCUGSAGAGCUCUGGGGGCYGCCAGCCCGGSCACGGAGCCCUGCCCGGCAGCACCAGCGUGCAGGCAGCCUUCGUCCAUGUGGUGGGGGAUCUGCUGCAGAGCGUCAGCGUCCUCCUGGCUGCCACCAUCAUCUACUUCAAGCCCCAGUGCAAGAUCGCAGACCCCAUCAGCACCCUCUUCUUCUCCGUCUUUGUCCUUGGCUCCACCAUCACAAUCCUCAGAGAUGUCUUCAGGAUCCUCAUGGAAGGGACACCACGGGACCUGGAUUUCGACGCGGUGAAGGCGGUUCUGCUGGGGAGCAGCGGSGUGCGGGGUGUCCACGAUCUGCACCUCUGGGCGCUGACGCUGAGCCACUCGGCCGUGUCGGUGCACGUGGCUGUGGAUGCCAGUGCUGACCCUGAGACGGUGCUGCAGGAGGUCACUGCCCGGCUCCAGAGCAGCUUUGGCUUUGCCCUGUGCACAGUGCAGGUGGAGCGGCACCAGGAGGUGACAGCAGAGUGUCCCCACUGCCAGGAUCCCCGCACCUGA